AUGGUUCCUCCUCCAGCUGAAAUUCGUAGAAAGUUAGUCAUCGUCGGUGAUGGUGCUUGUGGUAAGACUUGUUUGUUGAUUGUAUUUUCGAAGGGUACAUUUCCAGAGGUAUACGUUCCCACUGUUUUUGAAAAUUAUGUUGCAGAUGUCGAAGUAGACGGUAGAAAGGUCGAGUUGGCCUUAUGGGAUACAGCAGGUCAAGAAGAUUACGAUAGAUUAAGACCAUUAUCUUAUCCUGAUUCGAAUGUUAUUUUGAUUUGUUUUUCUAUUGAUUCUCCUGAUUCAUUAGAUAAUGUUUUAGAGAAAUGGAUUUCUGAGGUCUUACACUUUUGCCAGGGAGUUCCAAUUAUUUUAGUUGGCUGUAAGUCAGAUUUGAGAAACGAUGCAGCUACGAUCGAGCAAUUGAGACAGCAACAGCAGCAACCAGUUUCUACUUCUGAAGGUCAAGGUGUUGCUCAGAAGAUUGGUGCCUCAAACUAUUUAGAAUGUUCUGCUAGAACCGGGCAAGGUGUUAGAGAAGUGUUUGAAGCCGCUACUAGAGCCUCUUUGAAGACCAAAGAGAAGAAGGAGAAGAAAAAGAAGUGCGUUGUGUUAUAA